AUGGAAGAGAAAGGGUGGGAUGUUGAGAUCAUUGAAGACAUGUUUGAAGAACGUGAUGCUCAGCUGAUUUUGAGUAUCCAGUUGAGUGAUUUAAUAACCGUGGACUCGUGGCAUUGGAUGAUGGAACAUUCGGGGUUUUAUUCCGUCAAAAGUGCUUAUAAUUAUCUUCAAUCUUCAAGUGGUAGUUGGCUUCAUUUUGAUGAUGACAGUUACUGGAAAAGACUAUGGAAGAUUGAGGUUCCUUCGAAGGUUCUUCACUUUUUGUGGAAGGCUUGUUCGGGUUCUCUUCCAACGAAGUUUAGCAGCUGGUUUUUCAGCCUUUUGGACAGCAAGCAAUCUGAGGUGAUAGUCGAUGCUGCAAUGAUUUCAUGGAGCAUAUGGAAGAUUCGUAAUGAAGUCUUCUGGCAGAACAAAAAUUGUACAGCGUUAGGUGUAGUUCAGUCGGCAAGGAAGGCUCUUGAUCAAUGGCACGUUGCAAUCAAGAACGCAGCAGCUACAUUUGCUACUGGUGUUCUCUCUAACAGCAACAUUUGGCGCAGACCUUUGAGUGGUAAGAUCAAGGUAAAUGUUGACGGUGCUAUCUUUGAAACUCAACGAAUGUUUGGUUUUGGUUGUGUGGCGCGUGAUCAUAUGGGUCAGCUUUUAGAAGCAAUCUCGGAUUCGAAAAUUGGUGUGGUGUUGCCUGAAAUUGCUGAAGUUGUUGGUAUGAAGGAAGCUUUAAGCUGGAUUAAGAGAAAAGGGUGGGAGGAUGUGUUCAUAGAGACGGAUUCGCUAAUGGUUGUUCAAGCAAUAAAUAGUUCAGUUCAUAUGCCUUCUUACUUUGGUUUAUUGGUGGAGGAUUGUCGCUUGAUUUUGUCCUCUUUAAAGAAUGUUUUUAUUUCCUUUGCGUAUCGAUCUGCUAAUAAGGCGGCCCAUUCUCUUGCUCGGGCGUCUUGUUCUUUGUCAAGUUGUUUGUUUAAUGAGCGGAGUGCUCCUUUAUUUUUAAAGAACAUUGUAAUGGCUGAGGCUAUUCCUUAA